UAUGCGUUAUGGCAAGUAGCGUAUAAUGUAAAAUUGCAAAUAUUCAUAAGCGUCAAAAAGGCUGAGUACAUUUUAAAGGGAUAUUUAUUUUAUCGUAUAUCGUAUAUAACGGAAAUAGUUAAGCAUUAGGCAGAAUUGUAGGCGUAUUUCACAGGAAAUAUUUAAUCUAAUGCAAUUUAAAUUCUGAUGUAUUUCAUUGUUGAGAACUUCUAAAUUAAUUGAACUUUUAUGAGCUAUGUUUUUCAGUGCGGUUCGGUGGUUUUCCUUAAACCUUUCAAAAAUAUGUGGCUAUAUUGAUCGCAUAUACUGUAAUUUCAAGACAAAUAUAAUGUUAGUUGUUUAUUCUGUGAGAAAUACAACAUUUCCCAGCAUUCAAGUUUAACUGUCACCUGACGCUGUGUCAGGUCUAUGGUCAUUCCCAGUAAACAAGCUGGAGGGUUUACAGUCGCAUUCGUAGAGUUAACGGGAGUGGACCCAUCGCACAUUCAAAGGAUGGCAUAUGUGAAAAGCGGAUGGCUUCUAAGACAGAGCACCAUUCUGCGACGCUGGAAAAAGAACUGGUUUGAUCUGUGGUCCGAUGGUCGCUUGAUUUUCUAUGAUGACCAAUGUAGGCGGGACAUGGAGGACCUGAUACACAUGAAGGUGGACUGCAUCAAUGUCCGCACCGGGCCUGCGUGCAUUGAUCUUACCCCACCAGACGGUAAAGGACGGGAUUCCCUACUGCAGAUCGUGUGCAGAGACGGAAAGGUCAUCAGCACCUGCGCAGACGGUGCAGAUGAUGCCUUGGCAUGGUCGAUGGCCCUGCAGGAUGCCAGAAUGAAUUCGAUGGUAGCUGAACCUCAGAUUGGUUUCACAGAGAGAGUUGUGGCCUCUGCCCCUCCCCCAAAUACUGCUUACCAGGCUUAUGACCAGGGCUACUAUAAUGCCUACGGCCCUCCCCCUCCUGGAACGCAGGUGGUCUACGGCUCUGACGGACAGCCUUACGCCUUGGCUUACCCCUAUCAGUACCAAGGGAGCUACCCACCUCGAGGAGCUGGUGACGUGAUCAUUCAGGAGCGUCGCCAUGCCAACGGGGGAGACAUGGCGCUGGGUGUGCUAACCGGAGCUGUCACUGGCAUGGCGCUGGGCUCGCUCUUCUCCGUGUUUUAGCGUCUCUAUGACAACCUCAGCCCACUUAAAACACAGCUCACACGUAACCUUCUUACACUAUCACUCUAAUGACCCGGCGGAAACCAUUAGCUUCCCGCUAGCGAGCCCGGUACGCGUUAGCCGCACCACUCCACAUGUGUGUGAUGUUCCAGUGAACUGCUCUUUUGCCCUUUGCCAAGGCCUUUAAUGUACGAACGCUCCACCAUUUUCUCUCCAGUAGCCUGUGACUCAUUCCUACUUAAUGACUAAGGUUCUCAGAGAACAGAGAAUUUGCGCAGUUAUUAAUGACAUAAAUAUUAAAAACUAACAUGUCAUUUGUUCCUCUCAGCACUGUAGCUCUUAUUUGAGGAUUUAAAAUAACUUUGCAGAGUUACUGGCAGAUAAUGAUAAGCAGGAUGUUCAACAAUAUAAGUGCAAUUCCAGUUAAAAGUUUAUAAAUUUGUCAUCUGAUCCAGGUGAUAGUAUAUGGGAUUUUGAACCAGGUUUUUAAAACAUUCCAUGUACUUGUUUUUGAGCUAUAUGUCCUGUAGAACCUAUUUUAUUAUUAUUAUUAUUAUUAUUUCAUGUACCAUUCUUUGAAAUGAUUUGUUUUACACUCCUUCCCAGCUGUGGCUGGCAGUGAUUCUUUAAGUAAGAGAAAAUGACAAAAAAAUGACAGAGUUGUGAAAAAGAAAUGGCAUGUUGUGGAGUUGUUAAUGAAGUUGGACUUAGAAGCUCUGUAGAUUGUUCAUGGUAUACUGUAUGUGGUAGUUUACUGCAUUUAAAGAUUGUAUUUGUUGCUUAUGUAUUUGGGACAUGCAUCUCCAUGCAUCAGUUGACACCAGUGUGGCAGCUAUCAAAAAGUAGCAUUUGAUCGGCUAAAAUAGCUAGGAGAUGAUGGGGGGGGUUACUGCCUCGGAUUAUAAAUAUUUUUCUUUUUCUUAAAUGCUUCAAGCUAUUAUUGUUAAUGAUCACCUUAAAAUAAAUGCUGUCCACAAAAACAUAUACACUCAGUGAGCACUUUAUUAGGUAUUUAUUAGACUAUUUAUACGUUUGGCACGUUAUGUGUUCAGAGAAGCCCUUCUGCAGGGUUAUUUGCAUUACUGUCACCUUUCUGUCAGCUUCGACCAGUGUGGCGUGUGUCCACUCUCACCCCUCUACAACUCGUUUCUGCCUGUUUUUCGCACCUUUCUCUGCCAACUCUAGAGACUGUUGUGUGUAAAAAUCCCAGGAGAUCGUCAGUUUCUGAGUCACUUAGAUCCUAUUUUUUCCCCAUUCGGACAUUUGGUCUGAAAAACAGCUGAACCUGUUUGCUUUUAUGCAUUUAGUUGUUGCCACAUGGUUGGCUGAUUAAAUAUUUGCAUUAAAAUGGUCACUGAGUGUAUAUAUUUAUUGACUUGUAUACCUUUUCCUUUGUUUUUGUUUGGGGAAUUAUGUAGUGUAUUUAAAUAUGGCAGGGCUAAAGCUGUUGUUUAUUGUUAUUUGUUACACUUUCUACUGACACUUGUAAGUCUAGAGGGCUAAAAUAAUUUUAUGCUAUAUGUUAUUUCUAUGUUCAGGCCAAAACAUAUAUUUUUACCAUGAUUCAUAAGAAUGUAACUGAGAGGCAUUCACUUUGAAUGCAGUCAGAGCCUUUUGUAGCAUAAUCACCUAUAACCUCUCGUGAUGUUGUGGCCUUCCCAGGAUCCAAAUGUCGGAGUCUAUAACCUGACACAAUUCUGUUUUUAAACCCGAACAGAACAUUAUGUUUUUCUUUACUUGCUGUGUAACAUGCACUCUCAGUGCCUUAAUAGGGCAUUAGAUACUAUUGUGGGGGCAGCCUGUAGCCUAAUCGCUAGGCUACAUGACUGGGACCCGGAAAAAUGGUGGCUAAAGCCCCACUGUAGCCAUGAUAAGAUACAUGCAGCUGUUGGGCCCUCGAGCUAGGCCCUUAGCCCCACAUUGCUCUGGGGGAUAUGGUCCCCUGCUUAGUCUAAUAAACUGUAAGUCAAUUUGGAUAAAAAGCUUAAACUAAACAGCUAUAACGGUAUGAUAUUCUGGGCAGCUAACGUGUGAAACGAAAGAGCCGAACUAAACUAAGGACUGGCCUGCUUUGCCCUUUCCUAUUCUGGCUAUUGCAUGGCCUGUCCAUCUGCAUGUUGUAUCUGUUGAUAUUUUUAUGAGAAGGCCACCUUGGACAGAGAAGGGAGCUGGUUAUAUAGGGCCUGUAAUAUUCCACCCUUGUGUAUCCAUCUGAUUUGUACUGUAAUUUCAAGAGGAUGAAAGGGAAACCUGCUCCGAUGCAAUACUACAAAGCAAUGGACGUUCGGCCCAGCAUUUAAUUGAAUAAAAGUAAAGCUUUUGUGUGUUUGAAAAUGAUUUUUCCUUUAAAAUGUUCUAAAACUGUCCACUUAUCUCACAUUAAAACAUUUAUAAAAUG